CUGAAUUCAGUAUUCACGCGACUCACACACGAGCGACACCAAAGAAAGGAAGAUGUUGUGGCGAGUGUUGGCGACAACCAAGCUGCUGCCUGCGGGCUGCUCUGCUGCUGCAUCUGCAUCGUCAGUGGCAGCACAUGCUGGCAGGAGGGUUGUGAGUGCUGGUAGCGUUGCAAGCAGCGUGGCAAGGGGUGCAAGUGCACAAAACCCCUUGCAACUUGCGUCUGCUGUUGCUCGCCAGCUGCACACGGCUGCGCCUUGCUUUCACUUUGCCAAGCGCACUGUGUGGAAGCUGCAGAAGGAAGCCAUCGCCAAAGGGAAGUCGCCAAUUGAGUUUGCCGACGAAAAGAACGUCUUUGGAUGCCGUCGAAACAUCAAAACAAGUCCAUGGAAGCUCAACCUCGUGGCCAAGCAGAUUCGCGGAUUGGCUGUGGACGAUGCCAUUGCACAGAUGACCUUCUCGAAGAAAGACGCAGCGAGCCAUGUGCGCCAAGUGCUUGAAAUCACCAAGAACAACGCAAAGGCCAACCACGGCGUGGCAAACCCGUCCAACAUGCACGUUGCAGAGUCCUGGGUGGGCAAGGGCAUGUACGGUCGCGGUAUUCGCCGCGCAAACAAAGGCCGCGUCUACCGUUCAAUCAGGCCACGCACACACUACUUCCUGCGGCUGCGCGUUGGGCCGCCCCCGAAGCAGGAGUACGUGAAGGAGGACAGGCCAGAGUACUACACACGCAAGUUGCAGGAGCGCAUGCACAAGAACCCGCCGCACGUGCGCAACUCCCUGCACAGCAAACGCCCAUUCCUGUAGUUGUGGCGCAGCCGUGUCACGUCUUCGGCCGGGGAUGUGCGUGUGAGUUGUCUGCUUUUCAUGCCAACAACCAAGCUCCGUUGCCGUCUUUCCUGGUCAUCGCAAACACCUGCCUCCUGCCACAUCAGCUUGCCUUGUCUUUGUUUGUGCCCAUCACGUGUUGCUGUGUUGCUGUAUUUGUUUGGUUCGUUUCAUUAUACGCGGGUACGCUCAAGUCGUC